AUGGCGGAGUUCUAUAAUUCCCCUUCAGUCAAAGUCAAGUUCAUCCCUGGUUUGCCAGGCUCCCGUCAACGAUAUUUACCGUACCGCGGCGGCGGGCGGACACUUCCCGGAGUUCUGGCGGUGAAAGAGGAUGGCGUACUCCAUACCAAGCCCCUGCCGCUGAAGUCGCAUCAAGGUCUACAAAUUCUUGCACGAUCAGGCAGCCAUUAUAACUGCGCCUCACCGGCGAGGGAAGAUGUUUUUCAUGAUAAUUAUGCCCGAAGAACAAAACAGCUGAAUGAACAAGGUUAUAAUUCUGUAAAUCAUAAACCUUAUCAGGUUUUAGGAGGACCAGUUGUUCUGGAUGAAAAACAGCUAAUUCUCUCGGCGCUAGGUCAACUCAAACAGAAUAACUCAUCUGCAUCCAAGUCAAAGGGUGUGUCCAGUGAGAAGGAGGAUGACCAGAGCAAAGAUGGUCAAGGUGGAGAUGGGGCGGAGGAGAACCCUGCUGCGGUCAAGCCGUAUAAGUUUGUGGUCAGGAGGAACAACAACAGCCAUAAGUCUCUUCAUAAGGAGGUGUCUACUGGCAGAGUGAUGGUGAAAUGUGCUAAACUGGGUCAUGGGGUCUUCACAAUGAUCAGAGAGCAAGAGGAACUAAGGGUGAAUGCAGAACACAAUGAGAGAAGGAGAAAAGAAGAACAAAGGAAGACAGAAUGGCAACCAGCUGUUGUCGUAGUAUCAGAUGGAGAAGAAACAGAUGAAGAGCUGGAGAAAGAAGAAAGUCUUAGUGUUUAUAUGGCUCAGGGGGCAGAGAGCAGAAAAGAAGUGUCUUUUGCAUUCGAUGCAGCAAGUACUACAGCCCCUGACAACCUGACAACAGAGCAGGGUGAUGCAACUCGUCUCUCCACCGCCGCCAUGACAACCACUGCCAUGGCAACAACACCAUCCAAAUCCAUCCUGAGCGGGGCGUCGUCACCCACCAAGAGGAGGCGGAACAAGCGACUGGUGGAGCCGGCACGCCCUUACACUCCCUGCCAUACCAACAUCAAUAUUGAUCCGGAAGGAGAUGAAACGGACAAGAAAGCCAUAUUUCGUCAGAUGUGUGCCGUGAACUGGAUCCUGGAAGCCAUGAUGAUAGAGCCCCCUGCCGCCAUGGAAGCCAUCAGUAAAUGCUGGAAGAUCAAAUACAGGGAUAUGGAGAACAGAUCAUUUUGUAAGACCACUAUUCAGAGAUUGAGGAAAGAUAAGGCGUUGGACACGAGGUGGAAUGCGUUCAUAUCAGCUGAGGGUGCGGGUCAUCUGGCUGGCUUGCCUAGUGUAUUCCAGAAAUCUCGCUCUCCUGCAAGGGGCUUGCUGUCUACUCAAAACUCAGGAUUUACGAGAACGCUGCGUCGUCUGUCGGCAAACAGCACCGUCAACCGGGCGGCGUCGGCGAUGGGUCACAGUUCAGUUGACCAAAGUCCUCUAUCACCCAAGGCCGAGGAUUCCGCCAGUUCAUUCUUAGAGGCUGCUGAUAAAUUGGCUGAUAUUCAAGACAGUGUUUCAAUACAGGGCAAGCAUGAGGAUGGUAGAGGGGACACACCAGGGAAACUGCAAAGGUCUCCCUCUGUUUUGAGUGACAGAACAGCAACUCCCUCAUCAAAGAGAAGUGGAUCAAUUGUCAAUAAAUUAUCUAAACAUGACUUAGAGGAGAAAGACAAGCAAGAAAGACCAAGAGAGAGGCAGGUUAGCACAUGGGUGGCCACAACUAAUAGAAAACUGCACCGGUCACAAAGUGCUCCGAUUAGAAACCAGGAGUUCAAGCCAAUCUUUCCAAGCCGGAAGCAUCUCUACCUAGCCAAGGAGCUCAGGACUCAGUUUGCAGACGUCACUGAAGACCAAGCACUCAUGCUUCACGAUAAGCUAGAAGCCAUGGAAAAGAAACGACUUGAAAGGAGCGAGAACAAGUUCCAAUCGAUCCGCACCAACGUUCACAUCAGCUCUCAGCUGGCUCUACUCAAAGAAGCCGGGCAAGACAAAGAUGAACUGCUAGCAGAAGAAAAUAAACGAAAGAAGAAAUUGGAAGAUGAAAGCAAAUGGUACCAAGAGUUGGUGCGGAACCUUCCAGCCGAUAUCAGUAAUGACAGACCUUGCAUGGCCAUCCUGGACAAGCUACAGAGCCUUGGGAAGAUUGAGAGUAGGAAAGCAACACCGCAAAAGUUCCUCAAUGUCUUAGCUGGUCUCAGGCAUUGGGAGAUCUGUUCACCAGACAUAAGUGCAGCUAUAGAGUUUGUUCGAGAGAAGGUUGUUGGGAUGGCUGUAGAGGAGUUUGAGGCCUGGUACCAGGCUGAGAUGCCCAACAUCGCUCGAUCCAAGAGUGCCCCACCUGCUACGACAUGAUCUCAUCAUUCAAGGAAUAAAGAUUUGCCCUCCCCCCUCCUUCCUUCUCACCUUGGAGCAGAUUUGAAGCAUGAAGUUUGUCUCAUUGGCAUUUGAUAUCAAAUUAGAAACUCUUGUGACUUGACACUUUGAUCAUCAAUCAUAAAAGAUGAUCCUCUUCAUAGCAAGAAAAUUCAUAAUAAUUGAAAAAUUCAGUAUUGUGAAUCAUAAUUUACAGCAUGGAACUUCUGAUAACCUUGACCAUUCGCAAAAUUGAUCCACUUUUGGGGUUUAACAGUAAUCAGAAGCGGAUUCAAAAGAAGUGACACUACUGCCCAACUGGAAAUAGAAUGGAAGACAAAGAUAGAUUUCUGUAAAUGGAAAUUAUGUAAUUAUUUAUCUGCAUUUUGAGAAAUCAGAGAAAAUUGCAAAAUCUGGACCACUUUUAGAAUUCAUCUAAAUUUCUAGUUUUACAGUAUUUAGAAGGAGAAAUAGUGUUUGCCCAACUUCCAAUUGAGAAGCAACAAAGUAGAGAAUUCUAGAAAUGGAUGUUCAGCCAUUUUGUAUCUGCAGUGUGGGGACACCAGGAAGUAUUUGAGAAUCAAAGAGUGCCUUUGGAAAUAUCCUUCUUCUGUUUGAACUUCUAAGAUGAGGGGUGAAAAAAAUCCCUUGUUCUUCUAUAGUGCAAUGAUAUAGUGAGGACCAGAGAGGUGUUAUUGAUCUCAUUACGUCUUUGGAUUUUGACAUGCGUGUAUAUGAUAUAUCUACUGUUAUACAUGAAAAGAAUCAUGUGAAGUAGAAAGAUCAUGUGACAGUAAAUAUUCUUACUGAUGCAUAAACCUAAUGGUAUUAAAUUUCACCUUUAAUUCAACUUGUAGCAAAAAGAGAAGAAGAAAUAAUCAUAAUCGUGUUAUCUAAACUGAAAAUUGAAAACUGAAAUGUGUGAAUUUGCAAAUGAUGGUGCAUUAUCUGAAUUUUCAAUCAAAAUGUAAUAUAUCAUAUGAAUGUGGAUCAGAAAGGACUUCUGGGUAUGAACAUACUGCAAAGGCAAGUGUUUCUUUUCUUGAUCAAAGACCAAAGUAUAUCAGACAGAAGAGUGUUUAUAAAUUUCUUUUGAUAGUAAUGGUAAC